CACAUGCUACUUGUGUCGUGGAGCUGGACGAGCGUGGAUUGGCUGCUGCGCUGAAGUCAGAAAACUCCGUGAGUGUUUUCCUCGUGAUCUGCACAUGUCACUUCUGAAAGAGAGAUCAACCAAAUUAGUAACAUGGCGUCCAGCUCCUUAGGCAGACGACUGGUGGCUUGUCUCCUCAACGUUUCUGAGGCUCGCAGGAAAGACCUUUCGGAGACUGUGGCCAAGGCAGCUUUGUACAACACCGAAGGUGCUAGACGAGAGGGGACCACAGUGCUGAACAUCUUUAAUGAUCAUGACUACAACCGCUCUGUCAUCACCAUUGUGGCCAGCAUUGACUCCAUCAGGGAGGCAGUUCUGUCUGCAUGCGAGAAAGCCUGUGGGCUGAUUGACAUGUGCGCUCACAAAGGUGUCCACCCGUGUAUGGGUUCCGUCGACCUCAUACCCAUCUACCCACUGGGGGAGGAGGUGCGAGUUGAGGAAUGUGCUAAGGAGGCUCGAGCUGUGGCUCAGGGACUGAUUGAGAGGGUCCAUGGCACCUCUACCUUCCUGUUUGGCUGGGCAGACUCCCCCCUUCAGCGCGGGCUGGCACAGAGGAGGAAGGAGAUGGGCUGGUUCAAGAAGACAGCAGACUUUCAGGUGAUCCAGGUUGACAUGGGGCCGCAGCCACAGAAACGAUACGGCCUCACAGGCGUUGGGGCCAGUCCAUACGUCAUGAACUGCAAUGUCACGAUCGACACUCAGGACAUCGCCAUAGGACGUAGCAUCGCCACAGCCAUCAGAACGUCGACCCCUGGCGGCGUACCAGGGGUGCAGGUGCUGGCUCUGCCACAUGAGGCUGCUGUGGAAAUUGCCUGUAAUGUCGAAAGCGUGAAGGGGAGCCCACCUACUCACAUGGGUGCAGAUGAACCCUGGCCCUCUUUCAACAUUGAAGGACAGCCUUACUAUCAUGCCCCGGCGUCUUUCAUCACAGCGAGAGUCAUGGAGCUGGCAGGGAGGCAGGGGGUUGGCACAAAGGGCACAGCGUUGGUAGGGUUCACUCCCCAUGAGUGCAGGGGCUUAGCAGAGUUAGCACUGUCUCAAGGGAUUGCUGAAUUCUGGAAAGAGAAGCACAGGAUACGAAUGUAAAAAUCUUUGCCUGAACCUUUGAAACCUCAAAUAAAGUAGCACAAUCUUU